AGAGGAAGUUGGGGCAGAGUUAGGUCACCCUGCGGUUCCCCUGGGGGCCCUGACCCACCAGUGCUCCCCCUGGGCCUCCUGGAAACCUUAGCCACGGGUCUUGGGGGCCGCAGGAGCUGGUAGCCGGGCCGGGGACCCACAGCAGCGAGGACAAGCCUCCCUCUGGGUCCGAGCCCAAGCCAUGCGUCCAGCCCUUUGACCCUGAAGUUGCAGCCUCGGCCACCGAGAGCAGCGGCAGAGCCUGGAGGCCCGAGCACCCGGACUUCCCCGGCAUGGAGGAUACACAGGAGGAUGGUGUGCCUGGGCAGCUUGGGGACAGCAUGGAGGACCUCAGCCUGGACUUGGGGGCCCUGCAGUGCAGUGAGUAUCUCCAGGAUCUGGGCCUUGGGACCUUUUCCCACAGCCAGCCUGGGGAAGCCAGGGACAGCGGUCCCCCCAACAAAGAGGCCGGAAGAGCAUCGACCUUGUCCAGCUCCGCGAAGUCCCAGGGCCUGCCUCGGAGACGCAGCUGGGAGAGGUCGCGGAGCUGCUCCGAGAGCUGGCAGAGGCUCAGCCCUGAGGCAUCGGCUGUGAAGGAGGGGCCCUGUCUCCCUCGGACGCUGGCCAGCCUUGCUCUGAACCUGCCGGGAGAGGACCUGCAGGCCUGGACCCAGGAGUGUCUGUCUGGGGGUGCGACCCCAGUAGAGCACCCAGGCAAGGAAUGUGACAGCCCUGAGAAAAGAGUGAGGUCACGGUCCGUUCCCGCAUCCUUCGAUGAGAUCAGCUCCCUGGAAAUCUCUCCGGCUUUGGACGUGCCCAGUCCAACUGCUCAAGGUUUGGAGCCCCCGGUGCUGGAGUGCAUGGAAAAGGACCACGUGGAGCCUGAGCAUGUGCUGAUUGUCCAGCAGGUGCUUCAAGAACUUCGGCAGUACCACGGGGCCCGGCAGAGGGCUCGCUUGUCAGGCAGCCCCGGAGGAGCCCACUCCAACCUCACCUGGUUCGAGUUCCUGUCUGAGAGCGAGGAUGGCGCCAGCAAGAUUGAGCGGAGUAACAGAAGCACCAGGGUAAAGCGCAGAUUGAGCUCCCUACGUUGUCGGGUCACCAGGCAGAAGGAGAAGGGGAAGAGCCCAGUGGUUCUAAAGGACAAGGGUCAGGAUGCUAGAGAGAAGAAGGAAUGUGUCAAUGGGCACCAGCUGGCACAAGGGACCUUCCUUGGCCACUCCAGCUGCCCCCUUUGUGGCAAACCCUUUCUGAGCUCUGCAUCCCUGAAGGAGCACCCAAGGGCCACCCUCUUGUCUGAUGGCAGCCCGGCUCUGUCCAGGAAUGUCGGCAUGACGGUCUCACAAAAGGGGGCGCCGCAGCCAGCACCCAGCCCGGCAGGAACGGGGACACAGCUUGGACCAACCGCAGGAGAGAUGGAUGAAGCCGACUCCGUGUUUUUAAAAUUUAAGCAGGCAACUGAUGACUCUCUCUCGCUCACAUCCUCGAACGCCGAGCCCAUUUUUGUAGAAGACCCCUGUACGGCUUCGCUGAGGAGUGAGAUCGAGUCAGAUGCCCGCGACUUCGAGGCCGAGUCCUGGAGCCUUUCCGUGGACGCAGCGUACGCAAAGACACAGAAGAAGGAGGUGGUCAAGAGGCAGGAUGUGCUCUAUGAGCUGGUGCAGACAGAGGUGCACCAUGUCCGGACACUCAAGAUCAUGCUGAAGGUCUACUCCAGGGCCCUGCAGGAGGAGCUCCAGUUCAGCAGCAAGGCCAUCAGCCGCCUCUUCCCGUGUGUGGACGAGCUGCUCGACCUGCACAGCCACUUCCUCUCUCGGCUGAAGGAGCGCCGCCAGGAGUCCCUGGAGGAGGGCAGUGACCGCAAUUACGUCAUCCAGAAAAUCGGGGACCUCCUGGUGCAGCAGUUCUCCGGCGAAAAUGGGGACAGAAUGAAAGAGAAAUAUGGUGUCUUUUGUAGCGGCCACAAUGACGCAGUCAGUCAUUACAAGUUGCUGCUACAGCAAAACAAGAAAUUUCAAAGCCUGAUCAAGAAGAUCGGCAACUUCUCCAUCGUGAGGCGGCUGGGCGUGCAGGAGUGUAUCCUUCUGGUCACUCAGCGCAUAACCAAGUACCCCGUGCUGGUGGAGCGCCUUAUUCAGAACACAGAAGCUGGCACCGAGGACUACAGAGACCUGACCCAGGCCCUGAACCUCAUCAAGGACAUCAUCUCCCAAGUGGACGCGAAGGUCAGCGAGUGCGAGAAGGGCCAGCGCCUCCGGGAGAUCGCGGGGAAGAUGGACUUGAAGUCAUCCAGCAAGUUCAAGAACGGGCUGACCUUCCGCAAGGAGGACAUGCUGCAGCGGCAGCUCCAGCUGGAGGGCACGCUGUGCUGGAAGACCACGUCGGGGCGCCUGAAAGACGUCCUUGCUGUCCUGCUGACAGACGUGCUUUUGCUGCUACAAGAAAAGGAUCAAAAAUACGUCUUUGCCUCGGUGGACUCGAAGCACCCAGUCAUCUCCUUACAAAAGCUCAUUGUGAGGGAAGUGGCCAACGAGGAGAAAGCCAUGUUCCUGAUCAGCGCCUCCCUGCGAGGGCCCGAGAUGUACGAGAUCUACACCAGCUCCAAAGAGGAGAGGAACACUUGGAUGGCCCACAUCCGAAGGGCCGUGGAGAGCUGUCCGGACGAGGAGGAGGGGCCCUUCAGCGAGGCCGAGGAGGAGAAGAAGGUGUUCGAGGCCCGCGCCAUGAGGCUGAGGGACUUCCAAGAGCGACUGAACGUGAAAGACCAACAGAUUGCACAGAGCCUUGGCGAGAAGCAGCAGAUCUACCUGGAGAUGGCGGAGAUGAGCGGGCUGGAAGACGUCGCUCAGUCGCGACUCCUCUUCCGAGGAGGGGAUUUCUCGGAGACCAUGCAGGGGGAGCUGAUCCUCAAGUCGGCCAUGAGUGAGAUCGAGGACAUCCAGACCCUGAUCUGCAGGCAGCUGGGCAACGCCAACAGCCAGGUGGAAGACGGGGGUGGCUCCACAGGCCUGCCCCGCAGGGCAGAGACCUUUGGGGGCUAUGACACCAUGAGCAGCCCCGGCAAGAAUGGCAGCUUGAAGAAGGCCUCCAGCAGUGACCCCGGCCCCCGAGACUGGCAAGGCCCAGUGCGCAGCCCAGACUUGCAGCCCAGCAGCCCCCGGGAACCCCCCGAGGAGGCCCCACCUGCAGUCACUGUGCCGGGUGCGGAGUGUGGGCGCCGUCUGCCCACGGUCCUGGAGUUUGAGCUUGUCCAGCGGAUCCAGACCCUGUCGCAGCUGCUUCUCAGCCUCCAGGCAGUCAUCGCGCAGCAGGACAGCUGCGUGGAGGUGCAGAGGGCGUCCAUCCAGGAGCGCGAGAAGCAGCUGCGGCUGCAGUCCACGCGCGGGAACAUGCUGCUGGAGCAGGAGCGCCAGCGCAACUUCGAGAAGCAGCGGGAGGAGCUGGCGGGCGUGCAGAAGCAGCAGGGCCGCCUGCGGCAGGAGCAGCAGCGCUGGGAGCGGGAGCGGGAACGCCAGCAGCAGGAGCUGGACCUGGCGACGGCGCGGCUGCGGCAGCGCGAGGGCGAGGCGCUGCGGCUGCAGGAGCAGCUGAGCCAGGAGCGCGAGAGGCUGGAGCAGCAGCGGCGGGCCUACCAGCACGACCUGGAGCGGCUGCGGGAGGCCCAGCGCGCCGUGGAGCGGGAGCGGGAGCAGCUGGAGCAGCAGCGGCGCCUCAAGAAGCAGAACACGGUGCCCGGGGCGCUGCCGCCGGACUCGCUGGCGGAGGCCCAGCCCCCAAGCCACACUCCCAGCUUCAACGGGGACGGACUGGAAGGGCCCGCCGCCCUCGCCAAGGCGCCAGGAGCCCGGGCGAGCGUGCUGCUGUCUGGAGCCUGCCUCGAAUUCGCAGAGCGCCCCGAGGUGGCCCGCCGGGACAGCGCCCCAGCCGAGAGCCGGCCGGCCAAGAGCGACGUGCCCAUCCAGCUGCUCAGCACCACCAACCAGCUCCAGAGGCAGACGGCGGUGCAGCAGCAGAUCCCCACCAAGCUGGCCGCCUCCACCAAGGGCGGCAAGGACAAGGGCGGCAAGAGCAGGGGCUCCCAGCGCUGGGACAGCUCAGCCUCCUUCGACCUGAAGCAGCAGCUGUUCCUCGGCAAGCUUGUGGGCAAGGACGAGAACACCGCUCGGAACCGCCGCUCGCUGAGCCCCAUCCUACUCAGCAGCCACGGCUCUGUACCCUCCGCAGGUGGGCCCAGCACCCCAGCACCCUAACCCUGCUGCCCGGCCCCAGCUGACGUCCCUCCUGAGUGCUGCUCCCUCAAGCCUGGGGGCACCCCCGUGCCCCCCUCCCCCUUGCCACUGCCCACCACGCCACUCGACAAAGAGGACAGCAACAAGGAAGACGUCAUCUUCUUCUAGAGGGGCUGUGGUUCGAGGUGCAGACCCCUCCCUGUCCUGCUGUCUGGGGGACAGCCCAGUCGUCCCUCUCCACUUCCCGAGCAAACCACCACCAACGGCCACCUGGCUUGGGUCAGGGUCAAGGUCAGGGCCAGGGCUGGCCCAUUGUCUCGAGGCUCUUUCUGUAGGUUUAGCAGUGGUGCCUGGGUAACUUUCUAAGCCUCUCUUUUUUAACACAAAAAGGAAAGUUUUUAAUCGAAGGUUGAACCAGAGCUAACCGAAGGAGCUGUGUCCAGUCACAGCUCCCCUCCUGGGGAGGGAGAGAUCAACUCCACACCAUUUGUUCCAAGGUAGUGACGAACAGUGGUACAAGAUGCCUGAUGACAGGCCAGACCCCAGUCUGAGGAGGGGGGGGGCCACCAGGAGAUGCUGGAACGUACCAUUAGGGUCCCAGAAGGGGCUGGGUGCCGUCAGCAAGCCCUACUUCCAAAGCUGAGACUUGACUGUGUUCCUGGUGAACCUCAAGGCCAGGGCGUGAGUUCAGACGGGGUGGGGGGGUGGGUGGCACACAGCGCCCCCUGGGGACAGUAGGCCACAGGGCCGGGCGUAUGAAGAGGACGGCCAAUGGCUCAGGAGACGGGCUGUAGAGGUUCUGAAAGGGAUAGACCCUAACUCAUUUUAAUUUGACAGGUUUUUAAAACCUGCUGUUGCCAAACGUGGUGCUUUUCAAAGGCACCUCAGCACGGAGGCCUGCUUCUGUGGAGUUCAAGGGCACCAGCCAUUCUCCGAGUGCUCAGCCUGUCUGGAGAAGCCCAGUAGAGAGCAUUAGCCGGGGCCACUCGCUCCUGAGGGUCCCAGCUCAAGGCAGAGGGUCCUCUGCCCCCAUGAGAUGGGAGGGGUCUUCCUGCAGCUGCAGGGAGGAAGGCCUCAGGGCAGGUGUCCUGCAGUGACGGACAGGUGCUGGUACAAGAAACAGAGUGGAGGGACCACCAUGUCCUCGUGGACAAGGGCGAAAUGGUAGAGGGGUCACACAUGGCCUGGAGACCUCGGAUGGGUGGGUGGCUCCUUCUGCCUUGUGGCCAGUGAGCUCUGUUAGGCUGUUGUCACCUCCCACUGGAGGACAGGGGUUACCCGUCGUGCUGGAUGUCCAGGAAUGUUCUGGGGCUGGCCAGUGGGUCGGAGACACACUUCAGCUGUGGAGGAACUCAAGCUCGGGCACAGGGUGGUGGGUGAGGAUACACCAGCCUUUGCUCCCCAGGCUCCCCCACCCCCACCCCACAGAGCCCAGAGCCCUGUCCCUCCCAAAGCGGCAACUGAAGGACUGGGACCCCAGCUGAGCAGUUCUGAACCUUCCCCGGGCACAGUGAACGGUGUGCCAAGCCCGGCCUCUCCGAGAACCUCCGCGCUCCACCCCUCCCCUGCCUCCCACUGUGCUUGGGGCCUGCAGCAACUGCGCAUCCUCGGGGAGCAAGGACAGGCGUCCUCCCUCGGCCCCGUGACGCGUCCAAGCUCAUCCGAGCCAUGUCUGUGGUCAGUGUUGGUGUUUUCGUACUGAGACGUCUCCGAGCACUUUAGCCACGUCGACUUUAAGUUUCUGUCCUCUUGUGAAGAGAACAUUCCCGGGCCCUCAUGCUGGGUGAUUUUACCGCCACGUGCCCCUGGCCGCCUGCUCUGGUCUGACCCUCCGAGACACCACGAUUCCUCAGCCGGUGACAAGUCCAAGGACUCUCCGCUUGGCCAUGUGGCAGGAACUGGGAUGUCCCGCCACGGGUCAGUGUUGGUGGUGGUCUGUCUCUCGUCCGGGCGAGGUCCCUCCUGGGGAGAGCCCGAUUUUACUUGUACGGUUGGUGGUUGAGCAGAUCCUCUUUAUUUCCGUGGAACCCGUGCACGUCCUCGUUCAUUGUGACCAUAAUCUUAGUCCACCCGACAAUUACUUUUACGAUGAUUGCAGCAUUUCCUCACCGCGGGGUCUUUGAGACCCGCCCUAGAACUGAAGACCUGAUUCCAGCAAUAAAGGUGUCGAAGAUGA